AUGUACGCUUAAACACUCUCUGAAGCUUUAACUUUGAAUGAAAUUAUUUUUUUAAAAAAGUAAAUUUGGUGGACUGGCUGUACUGAAACACCAUUUAUAUGUCGUGGAGGAGUUUAUAAUAAAAAUAGCUAUCUUUUAGUGAUCACAGAUACACGUAAUGUAUGGGUAACAAAGGCAGAUGAUUAACAGAUUAUAGAUGAGAAAGAUAAAUUUAACUAAUCAAUAAAGAUAAAAUUUGAAGAUAUUUUGAAUACUCUUGAUACUCCACUCAGAUUUGGUAGAAGCAAUACUUAAUUUACAAAGCUAUAAUUCAGAAAAAAUAGAGAAGAAGAUCUAAUUUUCUUAAUGGAAUUUUAAGUAGGAAUUUAUCCUUUCAAAUGGGAGUUCUUUUUAACAAAGAUGGAUGAUAGCGAAAUUUUUAAUAUUUUAGCUGAUGAUUUAUUAAAUCCUAUGGCUAAAACAAUAAUGUCUCUUGAAAAAAGAGGAAACUUGUAUAAAUAAAAAUGUAUUCAAAUAGAAAAAGAGUUGUUAAGACGCUUAAGCGAAAAGGAGAGAAAUACAUAUCUUUCCUCCAUUGAUAAAGAUAAUGAGGAAGUUUGGUCAAAUUUCUUAAUAGUAGAUUCUUAAGAUGAUAAACUGACAAAUUUUGACUUUGGUCCAGCCGCUUAAUUCUUUCUGUCAAAUCACAACUCCAAAAAUUUAAUUUAAGAUUAAGAAAAUAAAAAAAUUACAGCCAAUUAGUAAAAUGAUAUAAUGGACAACAACGAAGACUUAAAAAGAAUGAAAUUAAUUUAAGAUUAUUUUAGCACCUUUGAAGAAUAGCCUUUGCCAAAUGCUUAUUUAAGACCAGAUUCUAAAAAGAAAUUUAAAUAAUAAGAAGAAAACAACUAAUUAAAAUACAAAUAAUAAUAGCUAGGAAUCAAAGUCAAUUAUGAAGAAUAAAAUGAAAAUAAAAUUGCUAAUGAGUAAGUAUAAAUAUAAAUUUAACAGAAUGUUCAAAAAGAAGAAAAGAAAAAGAAAAAGCGUUUAGAUUUCUUAUGA